AUGAAGAAACCAGUGAAAAGUGGAGUUGUAAAGUCGCUGAAUCUACUGAAUUUGUUCAGUGAUUUUGCCAAUUUAUUUCGAUUCGCAACACCAACGGAAAAGUGCAUAAUUGUGAUUGUCUUGACUCUAAUCUUUGGCGUCUCUGUGGGAAUUCCUCUGUCAAUCCUGGAUUAUGCCGAAGGCACUGGAAUGAUAGUGGAUCGAAUGAACUCCAACACGACAAGGACGAAGGUUUUCCUGAUAUCUUUCUUGGGCGGUGGACGAUAUAUAGAGAAUGCGAGUUAUUCUGAGAGAGUUUCGGCGCUAAGUGAAGAUAUUUCCGCGAGUUUUUACAUCAGUUGCAUGAUCGUCAUCGUGAUGAUUCCUGUAAUAUCAAUUGGUGUGUACGUGAUGAAUUUCAUUGCUCUCAGGCAAACCAUGAGAAUUCGAAGGGUCUUUUUGAGAUCAAUUCUCAGUCAGGACAUGUCUUGGUUCGAUUCCAAGAAGAAUUUGGACAUCAGCACCAAAAUCACCACGAAUCUCAACUUGAUUAAAGACGCAAUUGGCGAGAAAUUAGUCACAGCCGUCUUGCUAGUUUCAGCUUUCGUAUUUGGAGUGAUAAUUUCAAUGGCGCUUGGUUGGGAAUUAACACUUAUAAUGGGAGGUUCUUUUGCCGUGAUCAACUUCACAUUCUCAGCGUUUGUGGGCAAAACCGCAAGUCAUCUCACUGAGAAGGAGAUCGAGAGCUACUCAGAGGCUGGAUCGAUAGUUGAGGAAGUUUUCAAUUCCAUUCGCACAGUUGUGGCUUUUGGCGGGGAAGACAAAGAAUCGGAAAGAUACGCAAAGAGUCUGAAGAAAGCUGAAAAAUCUGGUGUGAAGAAGAGUUUCUUCUCCGGACUCCAAAGCGCCAUUAUCUGGUUCUUCUCAUUCAUGGGCUGGGCGUAUGGAAUGUGCAUUGGCAUCCACUUUAUGGUGCAAGAAUUCGACUUGCCGUUGGACAUGAAAGUUUACAAUACUAUCACGAUUCUGAGUAUUGUGAUGUGUAUUUCUCACAAUUCGCUGCUUUUGACCUUCAUUGUCCCAAGCUUAGAUGCAAUUGCAACCGCCAAAGGAGCUUGCAAAGCCAUAUACAAGCUGAUUGACGAAAAGCCUGGGAUAAAUCCUCUGAGCAGAGUUGGAAUGAUAGUGCCUAACUUGGGUCAGAGUGUUAAAUUUGAGGACAUAAAGUUUUCGUAUCCGUCGAGAAAGUUUACCCCGGUUUUGAAAGGAGUGGAUUUUGAAGUGAAAACUGGACAAACUGUCGCCUUGGUUGGCCAAUCUGGAUCUGGGAAAUCAACGUGUCUUCAACUCCUGCAGAGACUGUACGAUCCCACCGAAGGAUCAGUGUCGAUCGACGGCGUGAACAUCAAGGAUCUCAACAUCGGCUUCCUGCGCUCGCAGAUUGGUGUCGUGGGCCAGGAGCCCGUGCUCUUCUCCGCCACCAUCGCCGAGAACAUCCGCUUCGGCUGCCCGGAAGCCACGCAGGAGCAGAUCGAGGAGGCGGCCAGGAUCGCCAACUGCCACAGCUUCGUGGAGAAGCUGCCGCAGGGCUACGAGACGAUGCUGGGCGAGAACGGGGCGCAGCUGUCGGGCGGACAGAAGCAGAGGAUCGCCAUCGCGCGCGCCAUGGUGAGGAAUCCCAAGAUCCUGCUCCUGGACGAGGCCACGUCCGCCCUGGACACCACGUCGGAGAGAAUCGUGCAGAAGGCGCUGGACAAAGCCUCCGAAGGACGAACAACUCUCGUCGUUUCUCACAGACUUUCCACAAUACGAAACGCUGACAAAAUCUUGGUUUUCGAUCAGGGAAGAAUUGUGGAACGAGGAAAUCAUGAUGAAUUGGUGGAAAUUAGAGGAAUCUACUACAAACUAUGGAUUGCGAGUCAAGACACGGAGUUUACGAAGACUGAUGAUGAUAAAUCAAAGGAAGAAACCGUCUUCGUAAACGACACUCUGUUUAGUGAAGAAGAUUUCCAAUCUUCCGGACCUCGGCGGCUGUCUUUGUACUCCUUGUAUCUUAACAGCACAAACAACACAAUGCAUCGCAUCCUUAAGCUAUCUUUGCGCGAAUGGAAGCUUAUGCUUCUGGGAAUCCUUGGCUCUCUUAUCAUGGGCAUAACUUUCCCUGUCAGUUCUGUUUUCUACGCCGGAAUGCUGGAGGCUUUUGAAUUGCAGAACACAGAAGAAAUCUACAGCGUUGUCUUAAGAAACACAAUUCUGUUUCUGGUCAUAUCAAUAGUAAUUGGAUUGGCGGCACUCCUGCAAACCUUUGCAUUUGGAAAGGUUGGAGCUCGCAUUGUUUCGCUGCUGAGAAAUCAGUCAUUUAGCGCAGCAAUGCGACAGGAAAUUGCUUGGUUUGAUAAUCCCAAGAACUCCGUUGGAGCUUUCUCAGCCAGACUCUCGAAUGAUUAUGCUGACAUUCAGGGCGCAACUGGAAGUCAUUUGGCCGGAAUUUUGCAGGCAGCUUUCUCAGCUAUCGUUGGACUCUGCAUAGGAUUGUACGUCUAUUGGAAACUAGCCAUAAUCGUGGCGUUAAGUCUUCCUCUGCAUCUUUUGGUGGCCAUUUUCGACUCCAAGUACAGCAAGUCUAGCAUUGCAAACGAGAGAAAAGCAAUGGAAAAUGCUUCUAAGAUUGCAGUGGAAGCGAUCAGCAAUGUUCGAACAGUGGCGAGUUUGGGUCAGGAAGCGAAUAUCCUGGAGAAAUUCAACCGUGAAAUUGAAGUGGCGGAAAAGGAAGCGAAAAAGAGCACGAGAUUUCGAGGAUUUGCAUUCAGUUUGAACAUUUGCCUGAAUAUGUUCACAUACGCAGCAUCUUUUAUGUACGCUUAUCGAUUGAUAACGAAUGGAGAAGUCAGCUUUGUGGAUGCUAUGAUGGUGAUUGAAGCUAUUCUCUAUGGCGCUUGGAUGACCGGAAUUGUGUUGAAUAAUACACCAAAUGUUGGUCUUGCAAUAUCAUCGGCAGAGAGAAUUUUCAAAUUACUAGAUAGACAGCCGAAAAUUCAGGAUCCUCUUAUUCCUGAGGAGAAAUCUGCUUCUUUAGAUAAUGCCACAUUCCGUUACCCAACUCGGCCUGAAACUCAAGUCCUGAAAGGACUGAGUCUCCAGAUUCCGCAGGGAAAGACAGUGGCGCUGGUCGGACCGUCGGGAUGCGGAAAGUCGACUUGCAUUCAACUCUUGCUCCGCUUCUACGAUCCAGAAUCGGGCAGAGUGAAGCUGGACGGAACGCCGAUCAGCGAGUUCUCCCUGGGACGCCUGCGAUCCUACCUGGGCCUGGUUUCCCAGGAGCCUGUGCUCUUCGAUCGCACCAUCGCCGAGAACAUCGCCUACGGAGACAACUCGCGCGAAGUGCCGAUGGACGAGAUCAUCCAGGCUGCGAAGGAGGCUAAGAUUCAUUCAGAAUUCAUAACUAAACUUCCUUUGGGUUAUUUCACCACAAUGGGUAAGAAAGGCAGCAAAAUGUCUGGCGGACAGAAGCAGAGGAUCGCCAUCGCGCGAGCUCUGGUGCGCAAGCCGAAGAUUCUGCUCCUGGACGAGGCGACUUCGGCUCUGGACGCGGAGAGCGAGAAGACAGUCCAGAGCGCCCUGGACAAGGCCAGCGAGAACCGAACCUGCAUCGUGAUCGCGCACAGAUUGUCGACCAUCCGGAACGCGGAUCUCAUUUACGUCCUCGAUCGUGGACAAAUCGCCGAGAUGGGAAAUCAUCAUGACCUCAUGGAUCUUAAUGGGCUUUACGCAAAAUUGUACCAACAGAGUCUCUUUUCUUAG